AUGGACUUGGAGGUCAGGGAGACAACAGACGUUAGUUUGGGAGAUCACCUGGCUCAAAAAGGAGAAGAUAAAGAUACCCAAGUCCAAUCUGCUCAGCCCUACAUGUCUUCACAUCAAGACAGGACACAAGACACUAGAGGGAGACCAUAUUUACAGGCUACUAAGCAUACAAAUGUGUAUGUAAUACACAUUUCAGAAGAGAGAAACUCAAAUGAGAACAAUAAUGCAACCAGUCCAUUCUCAGAUGCAUCUAUUCGCAGAGCCUUCAUUAUAAAAGUGUUCCUCAUCGUGUGCAUUCAGCUGUUAGUCACUGCCAUAGUCAUCAGCAUUUUUCUUUUCUGGAACGAUUUAAGGGUAUGGGUAUUGGCAAACCCUUGGUUCACCUAUGCAUUCCUCCCAGCCUUCUUUAUUAUACUGAUUUUACUUGCUUGCUGUGAGCAUCUCCGCCGUCAGGUGCCUACAAAUUACAUUCUCCUGGGAUUGUUUACAGUUCUUCAAGGUCUGCUGCUAGGCACCAUAUCAGUUUUCUUUGACGUCGAAGAAGUGUUAUGGGCCGCAGGAAUAACCUCUAUGGUGACCAUAGGGCUCACUUUAUUUGCUCUACAAACAAAAUGGGACUUUACCUUGCUAAAUGGAGUGCUGUUUGUUUUCCUCUGUAUUCUUAUGCUCUACGGAAUUAUCUUAAUCUUCAUACGCUCUUAUUGGCUGCAUCUCCUGUAUGCUGCACUUGGUGCUCUGGUCUUCUCCCUCUACUUGGUGGUGGAUGUGCAAAUUAUGGUGGGAGGCCGCCAUCAUUACUCCCAGCUGGACCCUGAAGAGUAUGUUUUUGCUGCCCUGAACAUCUACUUGGACAUUGUCAACCUUUUCCUUUUUAUUUUGCAACUAAUUGGAAUGGGGAGGUAG